AUGUCACUCUCGCGCAAGUCGCGCACUGUCGUGUUAGCCCGCCAUGGCGAGAAGCCGUACGCAUGCGCAGUGUGUCCGCGCGCGUUCAACCAGCGAGUGGUGUUGCGAGAACACGUACGGUCCCACCAUUCAGCACCGGAGAGGCGCCCCAACGGUGGUCCAGCUUACUGCUGCGUGGUGUGCGGACGGACGUUACACUCUAGCGCAGAGUUAGUGCAGCAUCUCAUUCAGCAUUGUGACGCCAAUACGGCCCUGAAGAGGCAACCGCAGUCGGGUCCACGUAAAUACAAACGACGACGAAAAUUGAAAGCCGGGACAUCACCGCCGAACGACUGGGGCCGAGGAUCGCUGUCGCCGGCGUCACUCCCCGCUCCAUCGCCCCCGCCGUCGCCGUCGCCACCGCCCCCUGCGGAGUCCCCUCCCCCAGCGCCGCGCGCGCGCCGCCGUCGCCGCCAGCCCGAGCCGCCACCGCGCCCGCGCAUGAUACACACGGAAGAACCUCGCGCCAGAAUCAAGCAGGUACGAGCGCGACGCCCACCGCGGCACCCAGCAGAUGACUUACGAGCGAUCCAACCGACUUUAAACUCUCGAUCGCCCUCGCCACAACUGCGCUCUCCGAAACUCGAGGACGAAGUGACCGAAACGGUUGAAGCCGGGGGCCCUUAUAAGUGUGAAAUGUGCUCGAUGGAAUUUGCAAGACGCGACGCCCUGCUGCUGCAUGUGCCUGUUCACAUAUGACGACCGCAACGUCCCGAUCCCGCACUCCUUCACCCGCAAGGAGAUCGAGCUGAAACCGCAGGAAGCGUACUCGGUGAACAAACGAAAUGAAAGAAAAGCUAGCUAUUCCGUUAUUAUUACUUAUGCUUCAGCAACACGACUAUACUAAAUAACAUACAUUUUAGAUUUAAUGUGCUUUUUGUUACGCAAGACACAAAAGAUACACUUUAUAGAUAUUAUUGGAGUACUUUGAAACAAUGCGAACUCUCUUGUACAUUGUUAAUCAUGUGCCGAACCGAAACCAAUAUUAUGGAAGUUUUUUUAUGUCAGCAUAACUAGUUCGCUGGCGACUUAUGGAUGUUAUUUAACUUUACUGAAAUCUCCUUGGGCAAUUCUACAAUUAAGGCUUUUGUUGUAUGAUUUUGAAAAAUUACAUGCAUAUUAUUUCCCAUACACGUAGAUACAAAAAGUUUGAAAUCAUCAAACUUACUAAACAUAUACUACUCAUUGAACUUCACAGGCUAUACAGGUGAAUACACCGAU